CCGAGCAGCAUUUCGCUAGUUUGAUGUGACAUCCUGUGUGUUUCUCACUCCCGAGGCUACAGAAACGGCCCAACCUCUGCGGGCACAGCAGACCGAGAGCAGCCUGUCUGAACUGUUAAACUGCGAAACGAGCACCACGAUCCAUCAUGAAUUUCUUCCUGGAAACCCUCAAAGUCAUCUUGCUGUCCAUUUGGUACAAUGUGGAAUCUUUCAUCCACCUCUUUGUGCCCAUGAAGAAGAAAAACAUAGCUGGUGAGGUGGUGCUGAUAACAGGGUCAGGUGGCGGGAUUGGUCGUCUCAUGGCUCAGGAGUUUGCGGCUCUUGGCACUGUGCUGGUGUUGUGGGAUAUCAACCAGGAGGGGAUGAAGGAAACGGCUAGACUGGCUAAACAGAGCGGAGCCAGCAGAGUCCACUACUAUCUGUGUGACUGCAGUGACAAGAACGAGGUUUACAGAGUGGCUGACCAGGUGAAGCGAGAGGUGGGUGACAUCAGCAUUCUGGUGAACAAUGCUGGGAUUGUGACAGGAAAGAAAUUCAUGGACGCUCCUGAUUCCCUGAUUGAGAAGACAAUUGAGGUCAACACUAUGGCUCACUUCUGGACCUACAAGGCCUUCCUUCCUGCAAUGAUUGCCAACAAUCAUGGUCAUCUUGUCAGCAUUGCCAGUUCUGCUGGACUCAUAGGAGUCAAUGGAUUGGCAGACUACUGUGCCAGUAAGUUUGCAGCAGUAGGUUUUGCAGAGUCAGUGGGUCUGGAGCUGCUGGCAACUGGGAUAGAUGGCGUCAAGACCACCAUUGUGUGCCCGUACUUCAUCAACACCGGAAUGUUCGAUGGAUGUCAAACUAAAUGGCCAAGACUGAUGCCAAUCCUGGAUCCAGACUAUGUAGCCAAGAAGAUCAUCCAUGCUGUGCUCACAGACAAGGUCUAUCUGCUGCUGCCCAAGAGCAUGUACUUCAUCACAGCUCUCAAGAAUAUCCUCCCUAUGAAGCAGGGAAUUCUGCUGGGCCAAUGGCUGGGAGCUUUCAACCUCAUGGACACGUUCAAGGGACGCCCCAUCAAACAGGACUGAAGGAGGAGAGAGGAGAAUAAAAAGUGAAGGAUGACUGAAAUGGAAGGAGCCAUGGAAGUAUUUAACCCAUCAAUAUCAACACCUGAUUUAAUCUUCGUAGUGUAUUGGCCUAAUAUUACUAAUAGAGAAGGGCAGAAGAGUAGUGGCAAAGGUUGGAUUUGAAUUUUAGACUUUAAUGCCUCCAUCAUUUCAAUGGUUCAUACUUAUAUUCUAUAUAUCAAUGAAUGAUAGAAUCUUAUAUGUCUUGCACUGUAUAAUUCAUGUUUUAAGCAUUCAUAUCCUUAAUGUACUUGUUUUUUAAUUACUACAUCAUUAGUAAAAAGUGAAGUGGGAUAAUUAUCCUAAAUAUGGGAUUUUAAGGCACAGACUUGUUGUUGAGUGGCUCAGUGUUUUAUAGUCUUUAGUCAUUGCACAUUAAAACCAAGUGCCAGGGCCACGCGCUCACACUCAGGAACAGUGAAUCUGACCAAAGGGUUUUUGAAAUAUUUGGUACCUGACUUUGUUAAAGUCUGGAAUAUGAUGGUCAGACCACUCAGAGUUCUUGUGUGUUCAGACUGAACACAAAGCAGAUUUUUACUUUGUGUUAUUGGCACAAGUUUUAAAACUUGAUUAUUUUUGUAGUACAUCUUUAUUUACAAACGGCAAAUAUACUUUUAUGAGAUUAGCUGUACUAGGUAGCAACAUGCUAGCAUGCUACAGCUAGCUAGUGUGUGAGUAGAGACUGCUAUACUUUGCUUAUUGUUUCCAUAGAUUCAUGAAUUAGAUUGAGAUUACGCACAAAUCAUUUUUAGCUUGAUAGGGUGCAUAUUCACCUGCGUUUGCUCGAGACAGGUCGAGUUUGUAUACACUUGGGAUUUGCCUCCAAAAUAUACCUUGCGUAAACGCCUUUAUACAACUUAAGCACACUUGUCAGAAAAAACUGGCUUUGAGUUUGAGGCUAGAUAGAAGUAACAAGCAUCCUUAUUGUGUAUUUUCGUCUGAAAUUGUUGCACGUUGAAAACGGAACAGCUUCGAUUACCUGCUUUUUCUCAUAUAAGCCAAAAGCACAGUAUCAUUUUAUAACUUUAAUAGCUACUGUAUUGGUUAGAAUAUAAGAGCCCCCACCCCCCCCCCCACCCUUUGGAAAAAUACUUUCUGAAGACCAAAUCUUGUUUUUCUAAAGAAAAUCAUUUUAUUUGAAAAUAAUUAUAAUAAAAACACAUUAAAUAAAAGGUAGGUUGUUGAUUUUAACAUAUUUUAAAUAAAAUAACUUUUUUUAUGAAAUGGUCACAACAACAACAGCCACCAUAACGCCUCUUCAAUUGUUUGUUAGCUUGACCUACUUUUGAGUUACUUUUUUAAACACAAUCGCUGUGUCUCUCCAUGUUUCAGUGGGACAGAUGGUGACAUGCAGGAUGGCAACAUUCACUUUGCCGAUAUUUGGCGCCAUCUGUUGUUGAGGGCGUAUGCUUACAUUUAAAGUGCUACACCCUAAAAUAAGAUGAGGUGAGUUUUUCCAGGAGAAAAUUAAACGGGUCAGGCGGGUGAGGAGGAGAAAGAGGAUGAAAUAGAGGAUGAAGACAGCACACAGACUCAGAGAGAGGACGGCUCAGUCCCUUCAGGUAGCCGCGGGGCCAAAUGCCAGACGUGGGCAGAGAGAGGUUCCUCCAGUGGAGGGAAGCGAGGGAGAAAAUGAGAGUAGAGAGACAGAGCGAGACUAGACAGGCGACGUUGUGUUUUCACAACUAACAGAAUAAUAAGACUCAAUGUGGAAGGAUUUUUAUGGGAUAAAAUAAUAACACAGACUUGGUGUGCAAAGACCUUUAGUUUCCAAGUGAGUAACAUCACAUUCAGCUAUAUCCACUAACUUUUUAUUUCUUACAGUGGUGUUGCUCUUGUUACUUCCUGUUAUCUAGCUAAAGCCUGCCAUUUGACCAUGAUCUUGAGCUGGGAAUCAUUGUGUUAGAAAAGCCAUAGAAAGCUUGUAUAUUAGUGCCUAGUUAUCAGUAUACCUCUCAGUAGUAUGUUCAGCGGGCAGACAGAAAGGUGAUUGUUUCCUGUGGAUAAAAACAUUUUCAAAUUUCAGGAAUAACCUGUAGUAAUUGUUUUAUGAAGUAAUAGUUUUCAGUCAGAAUUUUUUCAAUUCCACCGAGAUUUUGAUGGUCCUAUCAUUACACUUAUUAAGCACAUUUACUAACAUGUAGCAGUCUAUAAUGGCGAGAUUAUAAUAUUAUAAAGAUUGUAAGACAUGUAUCUGGGAACACGGAUCUAACUUUGUUUUAAUUUAACAAUGUGUCAUAUGUAAUGUGUAACUGAUAGCUAUCAUAUGAAUGUCAUUUGUGGACGUUUUCAUAUUGAACACAUUGAAAGAAUGUUUAAUUACUGAUUAAAUGGAUUGCAAAUAAGAGUUUACACAUUUUGCCUGAAUCAUGCCGUUAAAUGACUCAUAAUGGAAGUACUGGAAAUGGCAAAAGAAUGUCAUGAAUGUGUGUAUCUAAAUAGUACAUGUAUACUUAUGUGUAGUACAUACAAUAUGUUUUCAGAGCUAUUGCACAGUGUUUGAACGUUAACUACCUGGAACUGUCAUUUUUAAGAUCCUGAUCAAUACAUUUUCUGAUUUCAAA